AGAAGCGAAACAAAAUGAUUCGCAGUAGUUUUGUAUUGAUUUUUGUGCUGACAAGUUUGGUGUCGGAUGCUGUCAGUGACUGCGUGCGGUACACGUUCGAACAAGAUUUUGAUGAGCUGUUUACAACGGAGCUGGGUAUUUGCAAGAACAUGGACCUACCGCCAUGGCAGAUUGGAGAGUACAGCAGCUUGGGACUGCCCAGCCCUAAUGAAGCAAGCAAGACAUUUAUAACACCUGGAGAACGAAUGAGUUGUAUUUCAUCAUUUCCCUUCCCGAUGAGAGAAGGCGGCACACUUGAAGUGAAAGUUUAUAUUUACGAUGCAGCUCUUACUGACCAAAUCACAAUAGCAAUUAGUCAAAUAUUGAUGUCUGGUAACACAUGGGUAACUGGUACUUACGUGCAUUCACCUUUGGAGCCAAGCUUUACUACAGGCUGGCACACUAUCAAGAUGACAGUACCGGGUCCAGACACACAACAAGGCUUUAUCGCCAUAACGGGUUUAGCAUCAUCACCUAAUUCAAUAGUACUGGUAGAUUCAUUCCGAUACAUACCACCUGGCAUGGAUGAAUAUUUAUGUGAAUUCUACGAUCCUGUUGAACUGACUUCUACUCCGAUUCCAACCACUACCCCUGAACCAACCACCACUCCUGAACCAACCACCACUCCUGAACCCACCACCACUCCUGAACCAACCACCACUCCUGAACCCACUACAACUCCUGAACCAACCACCACUCCUGAACCCACCACAACUCCUGAACCAACCACCAAUCCUGAACCCACCACAACUCCUGAACCAACCACCACUCCUGAACCCACCACCACUCCGGAACCAACCACCACUCCUGAACCCACCACCACUCCUGAGCCCACAACAACGCCUGUACCAACAACCACUCCUGAACCAACGACAACAACCACUACUCCUGAACCUACAACCACUCCUGAACAAACCACAACAACCACUACUCCUGAACCUACAACCACGCCUGUACCAACGACCACUCCCGUUCCAACCAUCGCGACUGAACCAACAACAACUCCUGAACCACCCACUCCAGCUCCCACCCCAGGCCCCACAUUUCUACCAACCACUACAUCCGAACCAACCAUCAUACCUGACCCUACCAUCAUUCCCGAUACCACAACUACUUCAACCCCAGAUUUCUGUCCACCUAAUGAAAAACCCGACUCCUGGUUUUGGACCGUAGUUAUUAUUGGCAUAGUAUUACUUCUAAACAUUAUAGUAUUACUCUUAACUUGUGUAAUAUUCUAUCACCUUGGGUGGAAGAGGGCAGUCGCAGCUGCUAUGAAGCAAGUCUAAUAAUCGCCAGUCUCGCAGUGCUUUUGCUGUUAAAUAAUGAUUUAUAAGAGUCGCAUCGAAGUUAUCCUGAUUUUUUUUUGUUUUCGACUUUGUUCAUUCACUGUUAAUAUUCAUUGUGAAAAGGACCAGUUUAUUUAACACAAAUUUUUUGAUUGUGAUAAUGAAAACGAUUAAACAUUAAACAUUGUUAAAAU